ACAAGAGUUUCCGUUAAGGGCGGAAAUUGCGCAGGACACUAUGUCCUCGACAGGGAUUCUCCUGCGCUAGUAUCAACCAAGACGUCGUUCCAACAAGUGUUUUUUGUGCCCUAAAUAAACAGUUUAGAAAAUAAUGUAAAGAAAUUUUUAAAUUAUGGCUGAAAAAUUGUAUGAAUACGAGGGUUGUUUGGGACGGUUUCAUCGAUUUAAAGAUGAAUUUAAAGAGAAAUGGCAAGAAUUUCAACAAGACGGUGGGUUUAACGUUAAAGAAAGAUUAAAAAGAAAGAAUCAAGAAAGUGAAGAUCAAAAUGAAGAUUAUUCGCAUAUUUAUCGUUCAAAAUCUCGCAAAGAAUUAAUAAGAAUUUCAGCUGCAGUUAUGGGAAUUGAAUUUUCUUAUGCUGCUGAAACAGCAUUCGUUUCACCGACAUUAUUAAAGAUCGGCGUUGAACACAAACACAUGACAUUAGUUUGGGCUUUGUCUCCGUUAAUUGGUUUCUUCGUCACCCCAAUUCUCGGUUCUUUAAGUGACCGAUGUUCGUUGAAACUCGGCAGAAGAAGACCGUUUAUAAUUGCUAUGUCUAUUGGGGUUUUAUUAGGAUUACUUCUUGUUCCUAAUGGUGAAAAUAUGGGAUACAGUUUUGGUGAUUCAAAACCACCAGAUAUUGAAAUAAUUCAAAAAAAUACGAUUUUAUCUCAUAGAACGUCAGCUUCAUCGAAUUCUUUUAAUCAAACCUUAAAUAAUGCGUACGUUUAUAAUAAUUCACACCCAUGGGGGAUAUUUUUUACAGUGUUAGGAACGGUUCUUCUCGAUUUCGAUGCCGAUGCUUGUCAAAGUCCGUCAAGAGCUUAUCUCUUAGAUGUUACAAUCCCAGGUGAUCACGCAAGAGGAUUAAGUACAUUCACUAUAAUGGCAGGUUUAGGUGGAUUUUUUGGUUACGCUUUGGGUGGAAUUAAUUGGGAUGCGACAAAACUUGGAAUAUUACUUGGAGGACACGUAAAAGCAGUUUUUACUUUAAUAACGGGUAUAUUUUUGGUGUGCGUCGCUUAUACGGUGACAAGUUUCAAAGAAAUCCCGUUGAAUCUCCUCGAAUUUUACGACGAGAUGCAGGAAGACGUACAAAAAUUCAAAACCGAUAAUGAACUCGGUGAGAGUAUCGAGUUUCAAGAGCUUCAAGUACAAAAUACUUAUGGAACAUUACAAGAAGAACCAAACCAGAAUGAUCGACGUAAAUCUAGUUUAGCUCCACCUCCGGGUGCUUCAUUUAUCAUUUAUUUAAGAAGCAUAUUUAUUAUGCCAAAUUCAUUAAAAAUUUUAUGCGUCACCAAUUUAUUUUGUUGGAUGGCUCAUGUUUGUUAUUCUUUAUAUUUUACUGAUUUUGUUGGUGAAGCCGUUUUUAAAGGAGAUCCAAUGGCUUUUCCCGGAAGUUCAAAAAGAAUACUUUACGAAGAGGGAGUUCGAUUUGGUUGUUGGGGAAUGUCUAUGUACUCUUUAUCUUGUGCUUGUUAUUCGAGUAUUAUCGAAAAAUUAAUUAAUAGAUUUGGAGCUAAAAAAGUUUACGUUUGCGGGUUACUUUUUUACUCGACCGGAAUGUUACUUAUGGCCUUGACACAGCAUAAAAUCAGUGUAAUCCUCUUCAGUUGGACUGCUGGCGUAAUGUAUUCAACUUUAUUUACCAUGCCGUAUUUAUUAAUAGCACAUUAUCAUCAUAAGGGAGUUUUUGAGCUUUCUUCAGAGGGAAACGAAAAAGUUCUAAAUCAAAUUCGUGGGUUAGGAACCGAUGUAGCAAUCGUUUCGAGCAUGGUUUUUUUGGCACAAUUCAUCCUCUCGAUUUGUAUGGGAACUAUUGUUAACAUUUCUGGUACCACAACAGCAGUUGUCAGCGUUGCCAGUGUUUUAGCUUUAUGUGGCGCAAUUUCAGCCACACAAAUUAUGUAUUUGGAACUUUAAUUUAUAAAGAAAUUAUUAUAUUACAUAAAUUAUGUUAUUAACAAACUCAAAAUAAACAAAAACGAUAUUAAUGUUGUAACAAUCACAGACAAAUAAAACGAUUUUUUUUUAUUU